AUGAACCCGUUAUUCGGGCCCAACCUCUUCUUCCUGCAGCAGGAGCAGCCGGGCUUGGGCGCCGCCGAGCCCCAGCCGCGCCUGCCGGCCCUGGCCUUGCUGCCCCGCCUUGCGCCCCCGGGGGACUUCCCGGACGGGGAGCUGGCCCCGCCGGCCGACCCCUUCGCCGCCCCUUCGCCGCCGCCGGCCGCCAUGGCGCUGCGCAACGACCUGGGCUCCAACAUCCACGUGCUGAAGACCCUCAACCUGCGCUUCCGCUGCUUCCUGGCCAAGGUGCACGAGCUGGAGCGCCGCAACCGGCAGCUGGAGAAGCAGCUGCAGCAGGCCCAGGAGGAGGCGGGCGCCCGCCGGGGCAGCCCGCCGCGCCGCGACCAGGCCGUCCAGACGGGCUUCGUCAGCCCCAUCCGCCCGCUGGGGCUGCCGCUGGCCAGCGCCGCCGCCGCCGCUGGCCGGCCCGUGGGACUGAGCGCGCCGUCGCGGGCGCUGAGCUCGCCCAGCUGCCGCUCGCCCAGCUGCCACCCGCCCGGGGCGCCGCUCACGCCCACCUCGGGCCCGGCGCCGGCCCUGCCCGGCGCCGGCGCCUUCUCGUCCGCGCCGCGCUUCUUGCCGGGCACCAUCUGGUCCUUCUCGCAGGCGCGCCGCCUGGGGCCCGGCCUGGAGACCACCCUGGUGCAGGGGCCCGGCGUCUCCUGGGUGCACCCGGACGGCGUGGGCGUGCAGAUCGACACCAUCACCCCCGAGAUCCGCGCGCUCUACAACGUCCUGGCCAAGGUGAAGCGGGAGCGGGACGAGUACAAGCGCAGGUGGGAAGAGGAGUACACGUUGCGUGUUCAGCUGCAAGACCGCGUGAGCGAGCUACAUGAGGAAGCCCAGGAGGCAGAAGCGUGUCAGGAAGAGCUUGCUAUGAAGGUGGAGCAGCUAAAAGCAGAGCUGGUCGUUUUCAAGAGUCUGAUGAGCAAUAACCUUACUGAGCUAGAUACCAAGAUCCAAGAGAAGGCCAUGAAAGUGGACAUGGACAUUUGCCGGCGCAUCGACAUCACAGCCAAACUGUGCGACGUGGCCCAGCAGCGGAACUGUGAGGACAUGAUCAAAAUGUUUCAGUCUCUGCACUUGUCUCCCAUUAAGGUCCCAGCUACUGUGGGGCGGAAGCGGGAGCGGAAGCUGGUCAGUGAUGAGGAUGCCUCCCUGUCUGAGAGCGAGACCUCCAAAAAACUGGAAGAGGAGGAAGAGGAUGAAACCACAGCCAUGAGCAUCAAUGAGGAGAUGCAAAGGAUGCUGAACCAGCUGAGGGAGUAUGAUUUUGAAGAUGACUGUGACAGCCUCACCUGGGAGGAGACGGAAGAAACGCUGCUGCUCUGGGAGGAUUUCUCUGGCUACGCGAUUGCUGCUGCAGAGGCACAGGGAGAGCAACCUGAUGACAGUUUGGAGAAAGUGAUCAAGGACACAGAGUCGCUCUUCAAAAGCAGAGAAAAGGAAUACCAGGAGACCAUUGACCAAAUUGAGCUGGAGUUGGCAACGGCAAAGAACGACAUGAACCGGCACCUGCAUGAGUACAUGGAGAUGUGCAGCAUGAAGCGCGGGCUGGAUGUGCAGAUGGAGACCUGUCGCCGGCUCAUCACCCAGUCUGGAGACAGAAAGUCUCCUGCUUUCACUCCGGUACCGAACAGUGAACCGGCCCCAAACGAGGAAACUGAGGAGUCCGAUCAUGACCUCCCAAGCAAUGCCUCCAUAAGAUCAUGAGGGAGGCUCAGCGCCCCCUCUGCGUCUCCCUCUCCUGGCCCGGGAGUGUGAGCGCGGGGCAGGGAGCCGUGCCCUAGCUAUGGCUGUGAGGGAUGGGAAGGUGGCAAGGAGCCACUCUUGGAAUUCUGCCACUCAGUCCCUCGACCCGUGGAGGCGGAGCUUGGUCAAGAUGCCCUGGGGACCUGGUCCCCUGACCCCUCUGAUCACCUCCGUUGCCCUUGCCUUGCCUACCCAUCUCUUCUCCCCCUUUCCCCUAGUACUUUGAUGGGCUUUAGUGGGGAUGGGUGGGGUGGGGGGCUCCCACCGUAUUGUAGCUGCUCUGCCCCGGGUUUGCCUUACGAAGCGCCGUCUUCCUUGCCGCCUCCUACUGUAUGUGAUUCUCCUUCCCAUGCUACACACAAGCAGAAUUGGAUUGGUUUAUCUCUGCAAAACUGAACCUCCUCUCGGUGCCAAGUGGACCGUAGGCUGGACGCUGUGGUUCUGCCUGCUCAUAGAACACUUCCGUCAUCCCCAGGUCACAUUGUACACAACAGCAAGAGCCUCUCCUUGCGGGGACGAAGAACGAGCCACUGACUCCUUCACCCCAGCGCCGUCCUUGCAUUUUGCUUCGUUGUGCACCCUGUGGCACGAAAGCUGUAUGUGAUGUUGCUAUGUCUGUAACUGAGAAUAUGAAAUGAAGAGCGUCCUUUUCUACC